AUGAUCUUCGAGCGUGUACUGAGUGCCGUCGAUCUUGCAGAAGCGGAAGAGCAAGGUAUGGCUUCUACACACGGAAAAUCUGCUCUAACGGCCCAUACUAAGAAGAAAUCAGUGCUCUGGCUCUUUGCCAUGCUCAUACUAAAUCUGGAUGCAACAGAGCUACGAUGUGCGAAAUUAAUAUCAUUGAUUAAGAGUCUUGAUCCAAAUAUUGAUAUUCAUGCGGCCCUGGAUUCAAUGACACGGAAUGGUGUGGACGAGCCCACUACAUCUCUGGAAAGACCCGAGGCUUUAGAGUCCGAUCCUGAGAGUGACCCUUCAUUGGAUCGCUUUGAAUGGAGUGAAGCAUCGACGAUGUCUCCAUCGCGUUUACAGAAAGAUGCGCCAGAUGGGAUGGCUGUGCUUCCAAACAAGCGAGCAGAAUCAGGAUACCUUGGUAACACCUCGGGUUCGACAAUGCUCAACGCGAUUUCAGGCCUUCUUCCGGAGACUACCACCUCGGGCUCGAGGGAUCAAGCACAAGACUCUCCGGCUAACAGUAACCAAACUGCUAGCCCCUCACAACUUGUGAACCUUGCGGACGCUACGACCCUAGAAGGUCUUGUUGAUGCAUAUUUUGGAUGGUAUAACACUUCAUAUCCUAUCCUACACGAGAAGAUCUUCCGGGAGAAAUUCCAGAAUCGCCAUCAAGUCCAUCGACGGUCAAGCUGGCACAUUGUAUUCCAUCUAGUCUUUGCAAUCGGUCACUGGAUUCUCGGGGAAGAGUCGGAAGCUGAGCAGUCCAGGUUCUACAUGGCUGCGCGCUCGUGCAUGUCGAUGCGCAUGCUAGAGUCUGGAACUCUUCUCACCGUCCAGGCCUGCCUUCUAAUGGGCAACUACCUCCAAAAACGAGAUCGACCUAAUACCGGCUACAACUUUAUUGGGAUUGCGCACCGAAUGGCACUUGGGCUGGGUCUUCAUCGAGAGCUUCCCACGGCAGCGACGGAAGAUACACUCUCUAAUGAGCGGCGAAGAGUCGUGUGGUGGACAGUCUAUUGCUUUGACUCGGGCUUUAGCAUCACAACCGGAAGGCCCAUCAUGGUCUCUGACUCGUUCAUCGAGACUCAUCUUCCACGAAAUAUUGAUGAUUCGGCUUGUACAUUGCAAUCUAUCUUGCCACCGGUAACAAAUUAUCCCACCAUCUAUUCGGCAAUUAUUGCACAGUCACGUUUAACAUCAAUCGCAAACGCUGUGUUUGCGGAGCUCAUAUCUUCGACAAACAAGACCUCAUGGGACCUGAGGAUCUCUCGUUCGAUUAAUCAUCAGUUCAAUGCUUGGAAGCUCUCAUUGCCUUCUUACUUUACUGCCCAUGCGGUUCCCGAAUGGUUUCGUGGUCCCCGUGCCAUAAUUAUUUGGAAGGAGCAGAACCUUCGCAUGAUGCUUUGGUGGGGAAGUCAGAAACUGUGCAAUCUGCCUUCUGAUCACGAAGAAGCUCAGAACAUCUGCCAUCUCACGGCAGUUGAAACGAUACAGGAAAUCACCAAAUUCCUUCAGGAUAAUCUCGACAUAGUUCACGCCGGCCUUAGUUGGUAUGCAACCUACUUCCUCUUCCAAGCAGCAGUUGUCCUCAGCAUCCAUCACCUUCGAUCACUUCAAUCCAUCGAGUCGGGGUUGGAAGAUAGAAACCAAGACCUUUGGCUUUCAUCUGUUUCCAGAGCCCGUGACUGUUUGGCAUCAUUGAGCCAAAAAGAUAAAGCUGCAAUGCGGUGCCUGGCUGUUCUCCACAGGCUACGCGAUCAAAUUCAGCAACAAGGGCACCCCUCAGGUAUAUCUGACGGUACUCGAUCUAAUUACCAAGUCGAUCUCAUACAAGAAGAUGCCGGGAUGCCAUCAGCGUCACUUGCUGUAGAUCCUACACUUCAAAUGUUCUUUGAAGAUCCAUCAUGGGGCAACGAUUUAUUUCACGGUUUGAGAGGAUUUCCGGGCACAGACGAAAUUGGAGCGUUUGAUUAUCUCCCAUCAAACACAUAG